UCCAACCUAAAUCUCCCUGGGCACAGCUUGAGGCCAUUCCCUCUCAUCCUAUCAUUAAUUAUGUGGGAGAAGAGGCCAACUCCCGCCUCAACACAACCUCCUUUUGGGAAGUUGUAGAGAGUGAUAAGGUCUCCGCUAAGCCUCCUCCAGUCUGCACAAUCAAAGUUCCCUCAGCUGCUCCUCAUAAGACCUGUCCUCCAGACCCUUCAGCUGAAUGCUGACUAAAGCCCUGAGAUCCUUUUCCUCCACACAGUCUUCCAGCCACUCUACCCCAAGAGUACUGCCUGGGGUCAUUGUGGCCAAAGUGCAGGACCUGGCACUUGGUCUUGUUGAACUUCAUCCCAUUGGCUUUAGCCCAGUAAUCCAGCUUGUGCAGAUCGCUCUGUAGGGCCUUUCUACUCCCAAGCAGAUGGAUGCUUCCCCCCAGCUUGGUCCCACCUGCACACUUAUUGAGGGUGCGCUCAAUGCCCUCAUCCAAUCAAUACUAAACAGAACUAGUCCCAGUACUGACUCCUGAGGAAAACCACUCGUGACCAGUCGACAGCUGGAUUCAUCUCCAUUCACUAUCACGCUCUGGGCCUGGCCACCCAGCCAGUUUUUUACCCCAUGAAGAGUACACCACUCUCGGCCAUGAGCUGCCAGCUUCUCCAGGAGAAUGCUGUGGGGAAGGCAGUGUCAAAGGCUUUACUAAAAUCUAGACAUACUAUGUCAACAGCCUUUCUGUCAUCCACCAAAGCGGGUCACCUGGUCAAAGAAGGAGAUCAGGUUGGUCAAACAGGACCUGCCUUUCAUGAACUUGCUGGCUGGGCCUGAUCCUCUGGUUGACCUGCUUGUGCCAUGUGAUGUCACUCCAGAUGACCUGCUCCAUGAGCUUCCCUUCACACCAAGGUCAGGCUGAGAGGCCUGUGGUUCCCCAGACCCUCUUUCCAACCUUUUUUUCAAAUGAGCAUCACAUUCACAACUCUCCAGCCACCUGGGACCUCCCCAGUUGACCAGGGCUGCUGAUAAAUGAUAGAAAGUGGCUUGGUGAGCACUUCUGCUGACUCCCUCAGUACCCUCAAGUGGAUUCCACCAGACCGUGUGGACUUGUGACAGUCCAGGUGGUGUAGCAGGUCACUGUUUUCUCAUGGUUUGUGGAGGGUGGUUAUUCUGCUCCCCAUCCCAGUCUUCCAACUCAGGGGACUGAGUACCUUGAAGAUAACUGUUCUCACUAUUGAAGAUAGAAACUAAGAAGGCAUUGAGUACCUCAGCUUUUUCCUCAUCCUUGGUGGUAACAUUCCCCACCACAUCCAGUAAAGGAUGAUUAUUCUCCUUAGCCUUACUUCUGAUGUUAAUUUAUUUGUAAAAACAUUUUUGGUAUCUUUCAAAGCAGUGGCCACAUUAAGUUCUUGCUGUGGUUUUGCACUUAUAAUUUUCUCUCUGCAUAUCCUAGCAACAUCCUUGUAGUCUUCCCGAGUUGCCUGCCCAUUUACCCAAAGGUGAUAAACUCUUUUUUAUUCCCUGCAUCUCAGCAAAAGUUCCAUGUUCAACCAGGUGGGUCUUCUUCUCCACCAGCUCAUCAUAUGGCACAGGGGGACAGCCUGUUCCUGUGCCUUUAAGAUUUCCAUCUUGAGGAAUGUCCAGCCUCCCUGGACCCCUUUGCCUUCGGGACUGUCCCAACCCAAGGGACUCUCCAGACCAAUGUCCUAAACAGUCCAAAGUCUGCCCUCCAGAAGUCCAAGGUGGCGGUUUUGUUGCCCCCUCUCCUGACUUCACCAGGAAUUGAUCUAGAACUCGAUCAUUCUGAGGUCGCUAUGCCUAAGACAGCUUAUGACCACUGUGCCUCCUGCCAGUCCUUCUCUGUUUGUAAACAGUAGUUUAGUGGGGCACUUCCCCUGCUAAGCUCUCUUACCAGCUGUGUCAGGAAAUUAUCUUCCACGCACUCCAGGAACCUCCUAGACUUCUUGCUCUCUGCUGUACUGUAUUUCCAGCAAACAUCAUUUGCUUCUUGAAUCCUUCUUUACAUUCUUCUCUUAAUUUUGGUAAAUGAUGCCAAAAUUCAACCUGAAUUGCAUUUUGUUACUUCUACCACUAUUCCUCUGCAACAUCAAAAUAGUCCGCCAAACAUUUAACUGCAGGAAUUUCUUUUGAAAGCCAAAUAGAACAAGCCAAUAGUUAGCCUCUCACAUGACCUCCUAGAUUUAGAACGAUUCUCUUAGAAGCUGAUGAACUAAAUGAAGAAGGUAGAUAUGGCAGCGUCUAGACAUUCUUGCAAAUGAGGAUGUCAUUGCUACACUCUUCCUGGGCAGUGCUUGUUCUUUCUGGAUUUGACCAUGUGUCCACAGCCUUGCAACAGUUGUGACUGGGUUGUGCCCACUCAGCAUGCUGUGUGAUCUCACUCAAGAUGAUCUGCUCCGUAACCUUUCCUAGCACCAGGGUCAGGUAGAUAAGAGUCACAGGUGUAUUUUCCUUGUCCAUGGAACACAUAAAUACCUAGCAGCAGGCUCCAGGCAACCAGCAAGCCUCCUGGCAGCCAGAAAACAGAAAGGCCACACAGGCCUUUCCUGCAGGGCAAGUGCUCCAGCCUCACUGCCUCAGAGGUCUCCAGUGAGCCCCUCUGGAUGGGCAGUAUCAUUCCUGUCUGCAGUCCUAGAAAGGAGGCAGAGCCUGGAUUAGGCCUGGUGCAUGCUGGGCAGAGGGCAUCACCCCUGCUACCCCCAGCUAGGGGAGAAAGCGUGACCCCUGCUGCAGCAGCAGUGGUGUGAGGAGCAGCCCCUCAUCCCCUGCGCUCUCCUGCCCACCAUAGCAGCUGGAGAGCAUGGCCACUGAGCUGGAUCAUCGCUGCCCCAUUUGCCUGGACACCAUGGAUGACACCAGCUAUGUCAUGACAUGCCUGCACCAGUUUUGCUUUGGCUGCAUCCGGCGGUGGACUGAGACAGUGCCCAAGUGCCCCCUCUGCAAACAGAGGGUGAGAUCCAUCUUGCACUCAGUGCGUGCAGAUGACAGCUUUAUUGAGUUUGUCGUCAGACGGCCUGUGCAGGCCAGGAGAGUUCGCCGACACCGACCAGAAGCUGCAGCGCAGGUGUCCAUGGCGUCCACCUGGGCAUCCAUCUUCCGCCGGCACCCAGUUGUGCUCUGGCCCUUGCUGCCCUGGCUGCGCUGGGGGCUGAGGCAGCUCUUUGGGGCUGACAACAGGGCAGCCUCUGCAGCGCUGCGUCUUGUCCUCUCUAGCCUGCUCAUCUUUGGCCUGGACGAGGAUGCACUGACCCGGCAGCUGCUCAGCUCCCUGCAAAGCCAGGUCACCAGCUUUGUACGACAGCUCAUUGCACGGGCCAUGCAGUGGUGCAGCAGGGAGGUACGACGUCUGCUGGGCCUGGAAGCCUCCCAUGCUGCCACAGGGCAGGAAGGCAGCGCUGCAGCUGCCCCUGGUGCAGCUGCCUCACCAGAGGAAACUCCUGACCCCAGCCCACAGCCCUCCAGCAGCACCGAGGAAACCAACGUGGAGGAGCUUCCAGUCACCUCAACCUCUGCGCUUAGUGAAGAUCCCAGCCAGCCUCCGUCCAUCCCAGCUCCGGUGCCGACAGUCCAAGAAGCAGCCCAGGAGGAACGAGGGGAGGCUGCGGCAGGUCCCUCAACUGCCAGCACGGCCAGGGAGCUCUCCCGCAGGGCACCUCGGCGAGCCCCGAAGAGGAGAGCCGGCACUUGUGAGGCCUCGGCACCAUCUGCCAAGAGGCCAGCCCGCCGGCAACGCUAGGACUCCGCCCCAGCAGCUGCCGAGAACAGGGC